AUGUAUCCAAAUUGGCUGGCUCUGCUCCACUUGCCGCUGGUUUGUUUGGGAGUUGGUUCGCAAAUGUUUGCACAGCCGCUGACAAAGCACCACAACACCGGCAGCAUCCUGAGCAUCAAUCGGGCGCAGGGACAGAAGAUUGAGCCAGCCGCGCUGCUGCAGCAUCUGCAACAAAUCACGGGCAGCGAAGCGUUGGCGCCAUUGUUGCACGAGUUACUCGGCCAAACUGUGCCAAAUUGGCAGCAGCCACAACAGCAGCAGCAACAGCAACUCUACCAGCAACAGCAACCAACACAGCAGCAACAACAGGCCACAAAUCAACCGCAACAAGAACAGGGGCAACACUUUUUUGUUUAUGAAAAUGCCGCGGGUCAACCACCUCAAAUAUUGGCCGGGUUCAAUGGCGUCAAUGUGCAACCUGAACAACCAGGCCAGCAACUGCGCCUCCAGCCAAAGCCAAUUCAGACGGCACAACAAUAUGGAGGAGUCGGGCCAAAAGUCGUUAAGGCGCCGCCAGCCGCAGCUGCAGCAGCAGCAGCAGCCGUUUGGGCGCCACGAGUCGAGAGCCACCACCCGCCCCCAUCCCCGGCUGCGGCAACUGCAGCGCCAGCAAGUUGCCAACUCAGCAGCCAUCCAUCGGAAACUGCCGCUGCUGCCAGCCCCACUGCCACGCCCCCUGCGCCGUGUCCGCCUCCUGCGGGUGGCCAGAGGACGAUCCCCUUGCUCAGUGCCACGGCGCUCAAGGCGACAGCUGGUUAA